GCGGGACGGAACAGGACGGGAAAGGACGGGACCGGGCUGCAGCUCUCCAGGAGCCCGGCCAGGAGGCGGGGAGAAGCCGGAAGCCUCUCUAACUGCGCUGCCCGCCCCGGUCAGCUCAGACCCGCCCCCUCGCCUGCCCCGGCGAACUCAGACCUCCCGGCUCGGCUCGUCAGGCGGUGAUAAAAUGUCAGCUCCAGGACCACAUAAUGCCAUUCCAGGAGCAUCAGCUCCAAACGCACCUCCUUCCUAUGAAGAGACAAUGGCUAUCAACACUCAUUUUCCUACUCCUCCCCCUGGGCCUGUACCAGGAGUAGUACCAGGAGUAGUGCCAGGAGCAGAUGGGAAGGGUAUGAAUCCUCCUGCAUACUAUUCUCAACCUUUGCCAGUUCCAAAUCCUAAUACAAUUGCGGUUCAGACUGUGUAUGUGCAACAGCCUGUCUCCUUUUUUGACCGUCCUGUCCAGAUGUGCUGUCCGUCGUGUAACAAGAUGAUAGUGACCAGUCUCUCCUUUAAUGCGGGAGCCCUAACUUGGCUUUCUUGUGGCAGCCUUUGCUUAUUGGGAUGUAUAGCUGGCUGCUGUUUCAUUCCAUUUUGUGUGGAUGCCCUUCAGGAUGUCGAUCACUAUUGUCCAAAUUGCAAAGCUCUUCUUGGUACCUAUAAGCGUUUGUAGGACCAAGGCAAAUGUGAUGAAUCUGCCUAAAAAGGUUUGAUGGCUUUUCAAGUCCUUCAGAAACUUCUCCAAGCCCACCACUCUUGAUGGUCUGUUUUUUGGUGGUCAGAUUUUUCCAGUGGUUCAUUUAAAGGAGAAAAUAUAACCAAACCAAACCAAACCAAACCAAACCAAACCCCCAACAACCUCCAAACUUAUGAACGUGCUGUUUGGAGGACUUGAAAGGACAUACAGAGACAUUUCACCUCUAGAACAUUGGUUUCAGUGUGGUCUGCCUAUGUAUGAACCAAAGUCAUCCCAGUCUUUGACUGAUUGCUGGUUUAUUUAAGAUUUCAUUUGGUGAUUAUUGAUUGGCAGGCCCCUCCUGCCUUCUCUGUUAGCACCUUUGCUGAUGGUCUUUACACAGAAGUCAUGGGCUGCCUUGGUUGUGAGACUGAACUGGCCAGAAAGAGGCUGGACCAAUCCAUAGUGCCUACAGUUUGCCCUUUCAUGGGGCAGAAUCUUGGUUUAGAGACCUUAGGAGAUGCUAAUCUCAGAUACCAUACAAUUAGGGACUUUUUAUGAGCACAAAAAUUCACUUUAACUUUUUUAUUGUUUUUUUUAAAGGAGGGGGGAGGGUAAUCUAGUAAUUCUUAACACAAGGUGCUUGCUACCAGAUACAUUUCUAUGAGUUCAUGAGAGCUUGUCAGAAGUAGAAUUUCUUCUUUAUAAUUCUCUGUUUUCUCAGUUACAGUUGAGUGACCAGACCUUUAGCACAUGAAGUGGAUGGGUCCCUCUGAUCCAUUAAUUUUCUUAGCAAUUGAGAUUUGUUUGCUUUUUUUUAAAGAAACUUACAUUUGGAUUGACUUAUCUUUGUAAAUGACUUCAAAGGAAAUGCUUAUCAGCCCAUCUUGACUAACUCUGUGAAUGACAUCAUUCUUACAUAUGCCAAUGUGGCAUCCCUUUUUGUUCAAAAAAAAGACACAAAUCAAAAACACAAUGCUCCUGCCUUUAAUUUGGCUCAUUGUGGUUCUCAACAACCUCUGCAAUAGUAACUUUAAAAAUGAAAAAGUUUUGGAUUCUGAGGUUUUUUUUUUUUUUAAAUAAAAUACGUGAAAGCGUGGCUUUGAUUUGUAGAUAGAUCUUAUUUUUGGAAUCUCUUUACCAAAAGCCUGCAUAUUGUAGGAGACCUUGUGAACCUGACCUAGUUCAGAGGAAUCUUGAAUUUACUCUUAGUUUCACAAAUCAAAUUCGUUUCAACAUAUUGUAAGACAUGACUGUUAAGACUCAGUUAUCCAAAUGACAGCCUUCUUGGUUAAGAACUGUAUUGUGUCUGAAGUCAACACACAAACACGACUCUGGUUUCAAGAUUCCCUCAUUUAGUAUUCAGUGAAAGCAAAGGGGAUAUCUGGAUAAUAUGUCUAAAAAGCAGCCCUAAAAUGUUGGAUGAAAGCUAUCUAUUGGUUAAAAUUUGUAAUAGUUAUAGUACUGAUAAUUAGAAUGGCUUACUCUCCUUAAGUGUGUGUAAAAUCCCAUCUUGUUUCUAAAGUAAGGUUGUUGAAAGGUAUACAGCUCUCUUAAAGUACUUUGGCUUUUAUUUACAGUACUUUGACCUUUUAUUAAGUCUUUGAUUUAUUUGGUGAGCAUUUUAUAAAAGGCUCCCUGAGGGUUUAGGAAAGGUCUCAUAUUAUGUUGCAGCUGUUCCCUUCAAAAAAACCAAAACCAAAACAAAACCCAAGACAAAAAAUCCCAACUCUUUAUUAGCCUCAUGGUGGUAGAAUAUAGUUAGUGAUAAAAAGUGCAGACUGACCUAAUCUCUGACAGUGUACCCUUAAAGUCAAGAUAAAUGAUUAUGAAAUACACACAUUCAGUGAAUCAAAUCUGCUUAUUUGAACCCACAUUUUAUCUCAGUGGCAGCAAAACUCAAGCUAGAGCUCUUAUGUUAUAAACAAAAUGUACAGAAAAUGGAAGAAAAGUAUGAUUAUACUUCCAACAAAAUAUGGUUUAUUUGAAGAUUAACUGAGGCCUUUGUUGGUGCCAGGAGGAAGAUAGCCUAUCAGAUAUAUCUGUACAUUCUUAAUUAUUCAUUUGCAUUUACCUAAGUAUACAGUCACAUAUAUGGAAGGGUUCAGGAAACUAAGGCAAAUCAACUCGAUGCAGCUUAUGUUGUCAUUGAAAAAUUUAUAAUUUAUAGUCUUGAAAAUCACAGCUUACUAAUACCAGGUGUGUUUAGAAUUCUUCCUUUGUUGUGUGGAACUCAAGAUGGUGUGUUUCUAGCUGUUUUGUUCAAGUGGUAUGUAAAAUGGUCUCAGGCUAUUGUUGAAAUUAAUAUAUGCAAAUUCUGUAAUGCAGGCACUUUGCAUUGUGCAUGAAAAUGCAUUUUGUAGAUGGCAAAAUGUAUAAUGUAUGUAAUUAAAAAUAAAAUCAGGCGCAUUUUAGGACAUUCCAUUA